AUGGGCAACGACAUCGAAGCAGCCCCGCAUACGACACGGAUCAGCGAAGAUGCCAACUCGCUGAAAUCAUCGGCCCAUGUGGGUAGAGAGGAGCUUGCAGACAUCGUUCCCCCACACGACAGCUACGAAGGCCGGCAUCGCUUCGACCCCCAUGCGAGCUGGAGCGUUGAGGAAGAACGUCGUGUUGUACGGAAGACAGAUCUACGACUGCUCACAUGGCUCUGCCUGAUGAUGAAACUCGAUCGCGGAAAUCUAUCAAAUGCGCUUGCGGAUAAUCUUCUGAACGAUCUUGGUCUGACUUCUGAUGAUUACAACAAUGGCACGACCAUACAACUGGUUUGCUUCCUUGCUGCCGAGUUUCCGGUCCAGUUUCUCACCAAGCGAUAUGGUUUCAAGUACAUCCUUCCAACUAUGAUGUUAGCCUGGGGAACUGCAUCUUGGGGUCAGGCAUGGAUGCACGACCGGACUUCAUUCUAUCUGGGUCGCGCAGCCAUCGGACUCUGUGAGGGUGGUUUCAUCCCUGGUGUUAUCUUGUUUGCGACCUACUUCUACAAGUCCAAGGAGCUUUCCAUACGUCUUGCAGCCUUCUGGUCGACACUCAACAUCGCUCGUGUUAUUUCCGCAUUGCUCGCAGCUGGGAUUCUGGAAAUGCGCGGUGUCGGUGGGAAGCCCGGCUGGUUUUGGCUCUUCCUCCUUGAAGGUCUCUUAACGGUUGUCAUUGCCACAUUAUCGUUUUUGUACCUACCCGCAGCGCCGACAUCAACCACGAACGUACUUUGGCGUAAGGGCUGGUACACCGAGCGGGAAGAGAUUAUCAUGGUGAACCGCAUCCUUCGAGACGAUCCAGCAAAAGGCCUUACGGCUCUCAAAGAGCCUGCCACGUUUAAGGACAUCCGCGCGGCCUGGUCUGACUCCUCUAUGUGGGGCUUAUACUUCAUCGGCCUCGUUGCUUACAUUCCUGCCUCCCCGGUGCAAGGCUACCUUACGCUUACACUAAAACGUCUCGGCUUCAGCACAUUUGACAGUAACAUGUUGACUAUCCCGUCCGCUGCGCUUCAAGUCAUUACCAUGCUAGCCCUAGCAUAUUCGAGCGAUUACUUUAACGAACGCACGUUCCAUUGCAUUUUUGGCGAGUUCUGGAUCAUGCCGCUCCUUAUCGCCCUUCUGACGCUACCCGACGGAGGCCGCGAAUGGGGCCGCUUCUCUCUAAUUACGUUGAUCUCCGGUUACCCAUAUUUCCAUCCUUUGGUCUCGUCCUGGAUCUCGGAAAAUACAUUCGACGUCAAGAAGCGUGCGAUUACGGCCGCAACGUACAACGUUAUUGUGCAAAUUGGAUCUUUGAUCAGUUCACAAAUCUACCGUAAAUACGAUGGUCCGUACUACAAACAAGGCAACUCAGUGCUAGUGGCGAUCUGCGCAUUGAGUGUUAUCACCUUCCUCGUUCAGCGAUGGGCCCUGGUACGACUGAACAAGAAGAAGCAAGAGAAGUGGGAGCAAAUGACUUCGGAAGAGAAGGCUGUCUACCAAGCAGACAUUGCCGCGCGUGAGAAGGACGGCAACAAGCGGCUGGACUUCAGGUUCACGCUUUAGUCUGGUCUCGGAAAGAUAGCCGAUGUCAUUACGCAGUUAGUCAAGAUCAAUGUGCAUGGUAACAUACUGGACGGGCUGUGGUUGCAACAUCACAUGCUUUCGCCAAUCGCUCCACCCACCGAAAUUUCAGCCGCACCGAACUAUUGGCAAUCCGUAACUGAGAUUAUUCCGAGGUCUAAUCGCAACUCUCGACGCGAGUGUUCUGACAUUCAAUGGACGUUACUCUUACGUGAAAGCCUUUGGUGAGUGUCCUCUGAGUGCUUGCACAUCUUGUUACUGUUUGUAUUUGUUUCUUGUACGUUUUUUUUUAAGUUUACUAGACCGCAAGUUAGCCAGAGGAUGAGUAUGCGUCCUCGCGUCGGCUGCAGAGACCCGUCUUGUUCAAUG